AAAAUUAAAUCUUUAAAAAGGAAGAGACUGAAUCUAUAUCUUUGUAUCUUAUACAACAAUUGGUACAACAGUUUAUAAAGGUAGUCAAAACAGAUUAUCAGCACUGAUAUUUAAAAAAAAUUGACUUGGGGGGAUAAAUUAAACCGUCACCGUCUUGGCCAAGGGAAGUAACUGCUGUUGCAUCCUGUGUCCCGGCCCCGGAUGAAAAUGAAAACAAGAGAAGGAAGGUUGAUGGACAUUCUUGUUUAUUUACAGAUUUAAUAACUCCGUCGUGGAUACCCUGAGGAAAUUUUUAACGGGGGUGAUUCUCUGAGGCACAGAAGACAUUGAACUAUGCCUCUUUCACCUCGUCGACAUGGCCUGUAUGGCCCUCGUGCUUCAUCUGCAGCAAGACUUCGUUUCCUGGACAACACGUGUGACGGCAUGGCCCAGAGUAAAGGUGAUAAUGAUGUGGCAAGCACUAGCUCGGAAUCAGAAAGCUUUGAGGCUUCAUCAAGUUGCUCUCAGUACAUGUCGUGCUCCACAUCCACCGAGAACCAUUGUUGUGCUCUUCUGCAUGGACUUCAAGAUCUACGGAAAUCAAACACACUGUGUGAUUACACACUCGUUGCCGAUGGCGAGAGAAUUUCAGUACAUCGUGCCGUGAUGGCCGCUUGCAGUGAUUACUUUCGUGCGAUGCUGACUGGCUAUAUGAAGGAGAGCCGGGAGGAGUGUGUGGAGCUGAAAGGUGUCACGGCCAGUGGGCUCAAGGUGGUGGUGGACUUUGCUUACACCGGUCGCCUGGAGCUGACGUAUGACAAUGUACAUGAUGUCCUCUCCGCUGCUUCUCAUUUGCAGGUUGGCGUUGCUGUUGAGCUUUGUAGCAAAUAUUUGGAGACGGCACUUACAGUUGACAACUGCACAGAUAUCCUCAACCUGGCUCAGAUGUAUUCUCUGAAGUCCACCCAGGACAAAGCCAUGCAUUACAUGAUGGACAAUUUUGAGUUUGUGAGCUCCUCUCAACAGUUCAGAAAACUGACACACACGCAAAUGGCGUCCAUGCUGAUGAGCAACACCCUGAGAGUGCCCUCAGAGUACCGACUGUUUACUCUGGUGUUGCAGUGGAUAAAGCAGGAGUCGACGGACAGGGUGCAGUAUCUCUCUCUGCUCAUGAGGCAUGUCCGCCUACCUCUGUUGGCUGGGGAAGAGUUGGUGGAGAAGGUGAGUAAAGAGGAUUUGAUGCGAAAUAAUGUGGAGUGCAGUGAUCUCCUCACAGAGGCCAAAGACUACCAUAUAGUAACCGGCAAACAACCGAUGCUUCAGAGUACUCGUACACAAGUGCGCUCUCACCACCCCAGCAUAGUGAUGUCGCAUGCCCAGAAUCUCGAGUGCUUCACAUUUCACAACAAGCACCAUGGCUUCCUGAGAGAUGCUCCGAUCCCACUGUUCAACCCGAGCGUGGCUGUGCUGGACAACUUCAUGUACGCCUGUGGGGGGAAGUACGACAGCACGGAGAAUAACGAAAUCGCCACAGCUCGCUGCUUUCGCUACGAUCCUCGGUUUGAUUCCUGGUUUGAACUGGCUGCCAUGAAUGAAGCUCGCAAGGACUUCGUUGUGGUGCCCUACAAUGGCAAACUGUACGCAGUGGGAGGCCAGGAUGAGAACAUGGUCAUGUGUACAGUAGAGUGUUACACUGUGGCUACAGAAGAGUGGGAGCUGUGUGCCUCUAUAAGUCACUCAUGCUAUGGCCACGCUGGUGCUGUCUGUGAGGACAAGAUCUAUAUCUCUGGUGGUCAGCGCUUUUCGGGUUGUGCUAACAACAUGAGCUGUUUCAACCCAGCCGCCAACACCUGGGAGGAAAAAGUCUCCAUGCUCAAUGGACGCUGCAAUCACGUUAUGAUGGAGGUUCAACGCAAGCUGUAUGUCAUUGGAGGGAACAUUGAAGACAGUUAUGGAUUCCCUGUGCCUAUCAUUGCCAUGGAGUUCUACGACCCUCUUGCUGAUCAGUGGUCAGUGCUUAAAACCACAUGCAACAUCCGAGAAGCUGGAGCAGCCGUCCUUAACGACAAAAUCUACCUGGUUGGAGGAAUCAAUGGAGAACAUUACUAUUCUGACCUGCUUCAGGAGUACGAGCCGGAGAAAGACCAGAUGUCAAUUGUAGAGAGAUUCCCUACUAGAGUGUAUGGCAGAGCGUGCUGCAUUCUCACUUUGCCGCACUAUCUAUCUGGGAUCGGAUCCAUUUAAUGAUAGUCGCGUUUGUGUAUAGAGACACUCCCUCCAUUGUCUUUCUUCACAAUGUUCUGGAACAAAGGGACUUGUGGGCUGACUGAAUUGGGAGAGACUGUCGUCUCCCACCAUCUUGUCAACGACUGCUUUGGCCGACUGAAUGAGCCGUUUUCAGGUGGAUGUUCCGUUCUUAGAACAUUGUGCUAUUUCAUAUGCCCAUUGUAUAGCAUUUUAAUGUAAGAAAUAACAGGGUGACUGCCAGGCCCUGGUAAUUACUACUCGAGUUUUUUAAAAAUUGCUGAGACCCAGGAAUGCCCUGAGAAGUUGAGGAAAUCUGUAAAUUGCCAUGGAAAAGACCCGGGAAAAAAACAAAGUUCUUGAAUAUUUGAAGGCCAAAUAUGAUGAAGUCGGCAUAAGUUUAUUUUUGCUGGUCGUGUUGGUGGUAUUUGUUUGGCUUUACCUGGUCCGAGAGUAUGUUUCAUGCGAACAAGUGGCUAUUGCAGCAGGCGGAAGUGUACUUGUGAUACAGAGGCUUGAUCGGGAAAAUCAAGAUCUACUUUAGUUUUCGUUACCGCCCAGAUGGUCUGAUAAUGUAACAAUUAUGACAUGCAAGUUGUGCAUUAUAAACGCAGUGUCGCCAUGCAAAUUAAUCGAUUUUCAUCACUAUGCUGUCACUUAUGGGAAACGAAAAAAAAUAAUAAA